AUGUCACGCUUCAUGUCGAAACGAGGAAAAAAGUUGCCUAGUGCUGAGUUCUGGUGGGAUUCAGAAGGUGGAGGAGAAUCUGACACUGCUCCCACCCCGUUGUUUCCUAAAUAUUCACUACCAGUUGCCCAACCGCUUACAGAAGAAGAGCGAAGCCAAGUCGACUAUUAUAGACGAUUACGAGAAAUGAUACAUGAUGGACCCUAUUAUACGGUUAUGAGCACACCACCUUCAUUUCAGAAAGGAGGGGAAGCAGCGGCUCGGAAAGCGCAGUUUGAUCCUUUUCAAGGCACGGCGACAUAUGGGCAGAGGUAUUUGAAAAAGACUCGAACGUUACCGAAACUCAGGGAGAGGCCGUUUGCUAUGAACUUCUUCCCAAAAGAACUGUGGUCGACACUUGACCCCAAAUAUGUCGGUUUGCAAACUGACGGCGCUAACUGGUUUGGUUCGCCGUUACGAGGCGGACAGAAGCGUGGAUUCGAGGAAGAAGAUGAUGAUGAUGAGGAGGAGGGGGAGGAGGAGGAAGAAGAAGAAACCGGUACCCAUCGGAAGAAAAAAGAAGCUCGUGAGGACGAUGAGGAAGGGUCGGAGGCUGGCAGGAAACGUAAAAAGAGGGCUGGAGGGGUUGAUGAAGAUCUAUUGGAUGAGGAAGAGGAUGAGGGUGAGGAGGAAAUUGUUGACGAUGACUUUGAGGAUGAUGAGGAAGAUAUGGUGGGGGAUUAUAAUGCAGAGAAGUAUUUUGAUGGCGGGGAUGAUGAUGGGGAUGUGUUUGAUACAGGUGGAGGAGAGGGGGAUAAUGAUACGUAUUGA